AUGUCUGAUUUGGUUUUUAGGAAUGAAAUUAAAAUCCUCAACAAGAAAAAUGCGGUUUUGACAGCUCUUGUCGCUUUGGAAGGCUCUUCAGGACCUAUAGCACUCUUGGUGUCUGUCCUGACUUUUUUAUUAACAGGACAUACCCUAACACCUGUGAAUGUCACCAUGCUACUCGCUUUCAUUGGUGCUCAAAGACUAAAUCCUUGCUGUUUCUUGGCCUAUGGUUGGCUGCAAAUAUACGAAGCUUAUGUAUCGCUUCUUGGAAUAGAAGAUUUCCUCCUCUUAAAAGAUUUGCCUGCAGUCUCAUGUGAUCACACGUCUGACAAAAGUAAAUCUGAAUUGAAAGAGUUAAAAAGCGGAUUGAAGGAUCACGAGGAAAGAGUCGAAGUUAAUCACUUUGACGAUGCAAUUGAUGAGCGGGGCAUGGCAAUAGAUUUGUGUGUGUCGAGUUUGACAUGCAUGCAAGUCGGUCGAGAAGAGGAAUAUAUCUUAGAAAAUAUCGACCUUAUAACAGAAUCUAAAGGCUUGACAGUUAUUACUGGACCAGUGGGAAGUGGGAAAUCUACUCUUCUCUCAGCCAUCGCCGGAGAGGUACCAAAAAAAAAGGGAACACUGACUCGCCCAGAAAAACUUGCUUAUGUUCCACAGAUUGCAUGGGUCUUCUCCGGGACAAUUCGGGAAAAUAUCUUGUUUGGUCUGCCAUACGACGAGCAGAUGUAUAGGAAAGUGCUCCGAGCGUGUGCACUUGAUAAGGACAUGCAGGAAAUGCCUGAUGGAGACUUAACUGUUGUUGGAGAACGCGGUGAAGUUCUUAGCGGCGGUCAGCAGGCAAGAGUAAGUUUAGCUCGCGCUGUGUACGCUGAUGCAGAUCUUUAUUUGUUGGACGACCCUUUCAGUGCUUUGGACUUUAAAGUUGGUCAACACAUCUUUGAAAACUGUAUUCAAGACUUCCUGGGCGACAAAACCAGGGUAUUAAUCUCUCAUCAAGAGCAGCACAUGAAAGAGGCAACUGAAGUGGUAGUCUUAUACAAAGGCCGUGUUUUAGGAAGGGGAACUUUCACUGAUCUUCAAGGGGAAGGUUUUCUUAAUACGACUGUUAAUCCACUGCAUCAGAAGGCUCCAAAAGAUUCGAAAUCCGACAAGAACUAUAAUGAACAAGAACAGAAGUUCAUCGAUAGUAGUGACGAAAAAGAUCCACCAUCUACUGGAGAGAAGGGCCUGACAAUGUCAGAUGAAGACCGUACCAUUGGAAGGGUGUCACCGAAGCUUUACUGGGACUACUUCAGUAGUGGAACUCACUCUAUGGGAAUCAUUGCUAUGAUAUGUUUGUUCCCCAUUGCGCAAGGUAAGCCUUUCUUAUCUGAUCUGAUGGCCGACUGUACUUCAUGGAAAAUGCAAACGAACUAAACUUUAGACAAGAGACCUGCUAUAACCUAAUUGCUGUUUAUUAUCUUGCGGCGUUCGGAAUCGAGAUCAUCUAGAAGUAGAGUGAUUUUACAUGAGAAGAGAUUUCGUCAUGAUGGUCGAUAAUUUUACAAGUGAAGAGACUUCGUCAUGUUGGUCGAUAAACAAUAUUUUUCUUUAAUAACUUAUCAUUAUCUUCAUCAAUUAUUAUUUUCUGUUUUGUGUACGGAACGAUGUAAAUGUGUAAGUUUUCAUGCCUUGUUGUCCAUGACAGUACUUUACUCUAAAAGGCUAUCCAUGCAGUUGUGGAAGCGAUAGCAGAUUCUUUCGUGAUAUUAACAGCUGAAGACAAUUAAUAAAAAAUGAACCACGAUCUCAAUCAGUCCUACAUAAAGACCCCUUAUGCAUGAAGAUUUGCAUUUUUUAUAGCUUGUUUAUGGCUGAGGUAGUAGAAUAUGAGGGUGCACUUUGUUCUCCACGUCAAGGACAACAGAAGAGCAUGAACUCAUUCAUUUUAGUGGCAAAUUUCUGAAACCGUGAACCUAGGUUGACAGUAGAUCGAGAGAAAAUGAGUUACACUUGCUAUACUCGUAAAUCAAUAAGAGUUUUUGUUUUGAACUGAUGUGCCAAUGUCUUUCAAGUUAGAGGUGAAGGUUCAACCCUAGGUCGCUGUCAAUGGGUAGUGAAAGUUGUUGUCGUACUUGAAAACUAAUACACUUUACUUGCAGACAUGGACUUUAGAAAGACUAUCCAUUCAGUUAUUGCAAAGUUCUACUUACAUAUAGUCACCCCUGUAGCAUUAGACCUUGUGGAAACUUAAUUGGUUUGUUUUAAUUUCAGCAAUAAUUGUCUCUUCCGAUGUUUGGCUCUCGCUUAUGACGAAGAAGCUUCCAGAAGAUCAGAGAAACAAGAUAAACAUUAUCAUCUACACUUGUCUUGUCAGUGGGUGCGUUAUGCUCGCUUUCGUUCGAGCAUAUGCUUUCCUAUGGAUUUCUCUGAAAUGUUCUGAAAGUCUCCAUGACUUGAUGGUAGUAGCUCUUCUGCGAUCACCGAUGUUGUUUUUUGAUUCAAAUCCAGUAGGAAGAAUACUCAAUCGGUUUUCAAAAGACAUUGGCUGCAUGGACGAGCUUUUGCCUAAAGAGUUUCUAUUGUCAAUUCAGUUAUCAUUACUGGCUAUUUGUACGAUACUUAUACCAACUGUUGCAAAUCCUUGGCUCCUGUUCGUCAUUGCUCCGUUGAUGACUUUUGUGGCGUUCGUCUCCAAGUAUUACUCGAAAACUUCCCGAGAGUUAAAAAGGUUGGAAUCAAUUAGCCGCAGCCCUGUUUUCUCCCACAUAUCGGAGACUUUGAAUGGAUUGGACACAAUUCGGACAAGAAAUAGGCAGAGAGACUUCGUCCAUGAGUUAUACAGGUACGUUGGCGGCUUCUUUCUGUAGAAGUGACGCCUUGUUAAAAAAAGAAAUUUCUGGUUUGCACCUUCAAACAAACAAGUUGCGGAAACACGCUGAACAAUCACCAAUUUCUUUUCGUAGAUACCAAGAUACCCAUAAUCAGAUAUCUAUCAUGGUGAUGGCCAGUGCCAGAUGGCUCGGAGUGCGCCUAGACGUUGUUGCUUCCCUGAUAGUUGGUUCAGUUGCUGCAGUAACAGUGUUUGUGGCCCAAGAUGCCGGUGAGUAUUAAAGGAAAGGAAUUUUUUGGGUUCACUCUCAACAAACAUGAAAAGUCAUUAACUUUAAGUUAGAGAAAUAUUUGGUUUCUUAAUGAGAAGUUGACUUUUAGCAUCAUCAUUGUCAGCAUUCAUUAUCGUCGUCAUUGCCGUUGCAGUCACCGUUGUUGUUGUCUUCGUCGUCUUUGUUAUCAUUAUUUUAGGAAGUUUAAGAAACUGAAGACGAAGAGAACGACGAUGAGAGACGAAAACAAGGAAGUUGUUUUUGGCGGCAAAAGGAAACUAAAGCGACGUAGUUAUUUAAAGAUGACGGUGUUUGAAAUUUCGGUUAGCUUUGCUUCGUAUAAAGAUAUGACAACCUUCGGGCGCACUGAAAACUUUGCUUUUCUUAGUUAUUUCAUUUUUAAGUAUUUCUCCUAAAAGAAAAUCGAGCUCUGAAAUCUUAUCAUCGAUACCACUGUCUCUUUCUUCUUACAGUCGAACCUGUAUUAAGCGGCACCGUAAUUAGCGGUCACUAUGUAUGAAGCGGUCAGUUGUCUUACUGCCGAAAUUUUUACCCCCUAUUUACACGAAUUUUCACCUCUUUUAAGCGGUCACCUCUAUUUAGCGGUCGUGGUCACCUUUCACUGAGUCCCAUCGGCCUGUUUGUAUCGUCUUCCACUUGUAUCGAACAGUUCUUUAAAGCGGACCACUCAAAUAAGUCUAAGAAUAAUCCUCGUAAUAUUAAUCCAUAUUUAUCUCCCGUUAUUAAUGUUGAUUGUGUUGUUGAGCAAAUUUUUGUACAUUAAUUGGUCAAUUAUAGCACAUAAUUAUGGCACAUGAUGACCUUUUCUAUCGAUUCUUUAUAAUACCCAAUUCUGCUGUAUAAAGCGGUCAACUUGCACUAAGCGGUUACCAAGCCAUUUCUCGUGGGUGACCGCUUAAUACAGGUUUGACUGUUUUUCGAUUUAAUCCUGAAUUUGUUUUGUUAAAAGAUUGUAUCGGUCGUGGACUGACCUUCCAGUGACUAGGAACUUUCUCGGUGGUAUGGCAUUCACAUUAUCUGCGAAUGCUUCUCACUCUAGAUCUGAUUUAAGAUUUGUAACGUUCAAUUGCAAGAACAUCUAGGACGUAAUUCAGUACAUCAAGGUCAGUGUUCCAUUGUUCCGAAAUUUUUUUAAACUCGGUACCUGUAUUAACUGAUGCAACUUGAACGUCGUUAUAACAUUUAAAAUACCAAACUUUAGGUAAAUUAUGUCACAUCGAGGUAAAUUAUGGGUUGUACGUAACGAUUAUCUAUUCUGCACCAUUUUUGCCAGAUUUUCAAGGUGGAUAAACAAGUAAACAAAGCCUAAGCCAAACUAUAAUAUAUUGAUUUAGCCAAGCCUAAAAGCGGAGGUUGAAAAGUUUUAGAUGGUAUUUCCUCACGUUUGCCAUUAAUUGAAUUUACUGGAAGGUGGAUUUGUUGCAACAUGUUAACAUGAAAUGCAACAAUAAAUUUUAUUGAUGUGUAAAAGGUUUUCAUUUGACUAUCUACUGGCAAGUCUUGUAUUUUAUUUCAAUCCAACCAUUUUCCACAACUUGUAAGCACCAUUACAAAAUAAUUAGUCAGAGAAAUGGAAAAUUUGGAAAUGGAAAAGUCCAUAAUCAGCUGACAGGAUUGAGAAGGGUAUAAGUGGGAAUAGAAUCUCUUGUCUUUAUCAUUAAUUUGCUAAUUGCUCCUGUUAGCAAUGUUUUGAUGAGGUUGGCCUGUCAGGGCAAAGGAAAUGAGGAUUUUAGUCGGCAGUGACUUUUUCAAACCUGGAAACCAGCAUCAUGAAAGCCAGACUUGUGCCUGGUAACUCAUUCUUAUUCUGAUGAACUAGUUUUAAAAAGGAUACAAUAUUUUAUUACAUAAACUUGAUGCAUAGGCUAUGCACAAAACUUCAAUUUGACUUUAAUUUUAUAGCCAAUACCAAUCCUUAGACAUAAUAAUAUGUUAGGAAGAUCAAAGGAAAAAAUUAUGUGCCACACAUCUGCGAGAUUUCGUGUAAUUAUUUUAAUUUCAUGAAUAUUAACUGAUCUAGGAGAUAUAAGAAUAUUCAAAAGAGAAGAAAAUUUGAUUGAAAAAUUAGAAUUUAGCAUAGAUAAACAAGAUUCUUAGAAAAGAAAUGUGUACUAAUGAAAAAGCUAAGCAAAAUUUUUUACAAAACCUGCCUGUACCUGCACGGCACAUAAUAAAGUCAUUCAAAGUAGUCGUAAUCUCGGUUUUAUAUGUUGAAAACACAUGCACACGCAGAUUUCCUCUAAACUUGUAGUUCAAGCCUGCAAUGACUUUUAAAUUUUGAUGAAUACCUAAAAAAGAGAAGUUUCUAUUUAUUUAGUUUACAAGUUGGUUAGUGAGGUAAAAUUGAGUCAAACAUUCAUACGACGACAGGUUCAAGAAAUUUCCAUAACCAAUUGUUAAGGUUACCCUACCUGGAACAGUCACCUUCAUGAGCAAAUUAGACUAGGUUUGUACUGACGAUGCCCAAAAGAACUAUCUGUGGUAAGAGGGCAGGCUCUUUUUCAUUUAAAGAAAUACUGAGGUUAUCAUCUCCCCACAAGUUCAGUGCAAAGUGAGAGUGAAUAAGACUGAUAUUGACUAUGUUGGAUAAAUAUUCAGAGGAGGAUAAAAAGUAAGAUAUGGUCUGCGCAACUCUCUUAUUUUAACUUUUCAACCUUGAGAGCUAAGGCAUUUAUAUUCUUGCGUUGUGCCCUAUGUGGACGCCAAUUAAUUCAACUUUCAUACUUGAAAAUACGAAAAAAGGUUCUCUUCAUCUAUGAGCCCUAAACAUUAUAGGGGAGGAAGCAGGUCAUAGUAAAAACUUGAAUUAAAAUAGGAGGGCCCCCAUUAAUUUCAGUCCUAAUUUAAGGAGGAUCCUUGCUUUUCCAGAUUUCCAUCCUUUAAAACUCGCAUAUCUUGUGACCAAUUCCUUAGAUCAAUGUUUAGUUUGGGCAUAAGUAUUGGUAAGAAACACUAUGCAUUAAUGGAAGCUUGAGCAAGAGUGUUUAAUGCCAUCUAAAUAAUAAUAUUACAUGUUACAAUAUAGUAACUUACACAGCAAAUUUAUAUAAUCACACAAUUCCAAACGAAAGAAUCAGGUUCUUGACUCACCUGCCUUUGAGGGACUAAGGUAGAGGGAAAUAGAUAUGGUAACAAGUUACAAUUAAUACCAAAUUGAAAGUUUGAAAGCUAAAAGAUAUACAUUACAAUUAUCAGACCCUAUGCAUCCUGGCAAAAAAGGGUCAAUUACCACCAUAACUUCUCCCAAAUGUUCAUGCUUACAGGAAAUCACUAAUUUUUGUCACUAGGUGGUACUGUACUUACAAUACUUCUAUCAACACAAAUGUGUUUUUCUAAAGUUAUCUCAUAUCAUAUGACUGUACAGGUCAUGUGGAAGGUUCCUGCAUGGGGAAUGACAUUUCAAUUACCUCAGCAAACUUUAAUUACCAGAAUUGCAAGCCAAGCUGUAUUUACCAAGUGCUCAAGUUUCCAAAUCAGUCACCUAAUUGUUACAUUGGAGUUCACUCCUUUUAGAGGCUCUCUUCAGCUUGAUCAUCCUAUUACACGUGAAAAUAUCAAAUGUUACUAGCAUAUUAAAAUAAUUGUUCAGUCAUGGUACUUUUCAGCGCUAUUUUUUCAUGCUUUCUACUCGAUUCGUUCGAACUUCAGGAAAUGGUUUGUCUCACAAAACAUGGAGCCACUUUCUCUUCGCUCAACAUCUCGAGGCUCAGGUUAUGAUGAACAUCCUUGCGAUGCGAUAAUAUUUUCUAAUGCUGGAAACUGAAAAAUCAAUCUCUGAAAUUGCUUGUCAUCACAUUUUGCAAGAAGCGUCCGAGCUGUGAUCGUGUAAUUAAACGGGGUCCUGGCAAUUUGAGCUCACAAGCACGCUGGUAUGCAUAUGGUUAACGUAAAUAAUUGUUGUUUACAGUUUUCAAAUUCAAGAGCCAUUUUUGAGAGUCUGUUUCUGUAACCUUCCUGACUGUUUUCUGUUAAAUUCAUUGAGGUACAAUUUCGGAAUUUCGUAAUUGAUUAUAAACAAUAAAUUCGUAUUAGCACCAUAAUUUAGGGAAGUUUUCAUGACACAUUAUCAGUUUACAAUUUGUAAACCAUUUCUGAAACCUGCUUGGAUAUUUUCUUUUGAAUCAAUUGAAUCACACUCUUGAAAUUUCAUCAAUAAUUAAGAACGAUAAAUCCGUAUAUGUAACACAAGUGAAGCACCUUUUAAACUUUCCAUACGAUUUUAGGAAACUAUAAUUAAUUGACUCUGGAUAGAUUAGCCCGCGAUAACUAGUUGAUUAUUUCUAAAUUAUUAUUUUGUAGCCUCAAAAGCUUGGUUCAAGACUCUGGAGGUACUUAACUUGAUAUACUUAUUACACAAGGCAUCCUUCAAGGAGGAAGGUUGGAAUACAAUUGCUUUUAGGACCGUUUAUUGCACCCGGUUUACAUAUGUAGAUAAUUGCUUAAAAAUACCAAUUAUAGCUGUAUUCAGAGGCAUAAACAUAUAGGUAAUAUUUUUCUAAUUUUUCAAUAACCUUCUUCCUUUAAACCUUAUCUCCCAUGUGUGAUCAAGACAGAAUUUCUCCUUACAAUAUCAAUACAAUAUCAAGCAGACAAGUGAUGAGAAUAUAGAAAAAUACCAAUUAGGGCAGGGAUUAUUAGUUCAUCCAUAGCAAAUUCUUGAAACUAACAUCACAAGAACUAACUAUGUGGCAGACAGUAAGGAGAAUUGCUAAUAAGGUCUGGGAAGUUAAACGGUGAAUUGUGCUCCUGAAAUAGUGAAUGGUAUUGGAGAAAAAGUAAAACAAGUUCUUGAAACAUUCAAUGUUAAAUAAAACUUUGUCAUGAAUGUUAACCCUUAAACUCCCAUGAGUGACCAAGACAUAAUUUUCCCCACAAUGUCAAUACAAUAUCAACCAGAUAAGCGAUAAGAAUAAAGACAAAUAUCAAUUUGGCGAUAAUUAGUUAAUCCAAUACUUAAUUCUCUGAACUAACACUGUAAGAAUUGUAUGGUUGACAGUGAGAAGAAUUAGAAAUUGGAUCUGGGAGUCAAAGGGUUAUUAAUGGAUGGGAACCAAAACAUCUGUUAAGCUAUAAUUAUAACAAAUACCUUUCCAUGUAAACAAAUCAUAAUGAAGCAUGAUAUGAAUCAAUUUAAUCUCAUCCAGUUUGAAUAUAGAAUCCAAAUAUAAUUAACUUAUGAAAGGAAUAGGAAAAAGCUCAAUGUGUUUUUCCUGCUUCUAUUAUUCUAAAUAUCACAAAUCAAUCAAGCCACCACUUCAGUGUGAUUUAUUUUUGAUGAUGUCAACUGUUUCUUAUGGACAUCUAUUCUUAGUAUCUAUCUUUUUAUCAGCUGACAUCUGAAAAGAAUCAAGUCUCACAAAUUGUAUGGCAGUCAGUAAGGAGAAUUACUCACGAAAUCUUGAGAGUUAAUGGUUAAGAGACAUAUAGUAAUCAUAUGUACCAGAAAGACAGUGAAUAAAUGUAACAUACUCUAGGAAAGUGUUCUUUAGUACUAUGAAGUUUCAAACUCUUUGAAAUUAAGUUGACUUCAUGAUUCAGAUUUUGGUUAAAGACAUGUAAUAUCUCUUUACAUGGAUGAAAAGAGAAUGUCAUUUAUGAAUUUUAAAAUAAUAAAUGUCAAAAACUUGAAGACGGAAUUAAAAAAACUGCUAAAAUAUGGCAUAUCUAUUCACUGAUAAUUAAAUAAUUAGCUGGCACACGGAGAUAUAAAAGAGGCUUUGUGAAAAAACUAGGGCAAUAAAAUUAAAGAUUCAGGAGAAGCAUAUGACAUCAAGUAGUUUACUGAUGUUCUCACCUGAAUUCAAUCUGGAAAGAGAGCUCUGCAACACUUCUGUUUUGUCUUCUCACACUUCAAUUAAAACAUGAAAUUUAAUUAUUUGCGGGUAUGUUAGGGAGGAAAUUAAAGGAAUGGAUAUAUGUUACAUAAAAAGAAACCCCUUACAAUAAAAACAAAGCAGAAACAUUUUAUCGACAUGUUUAUGCUUCUGAAUACAGCUAUAAUAAGGUUUUUUUGAGCAACUAUCUACAUAUGUAAACCAGGUGCAAUAAACGGUCCUAAAAGCAAUUUUAUUCUAACCUUCCUCCUUGAAGGGUGCCUUGAGAAUUAAGUAUAUCAAGUUAAGUACCUCCAGAGUGAUAAGUCGGGCUUUCGAGGCUACAAAAUAAUAAAAUAAUCAACGAGUUAUCGCAGGCCAAUCUAUUCAGAGUCAAUUAAGUAUAGUUUCCUAAAAUCGUAUGGAAAGUUUAAAAUGUGCUUCACUUGUGCUACAUAUACCCUAUACCCUAGAAAGAAUUAGAUACUUGCGCUCGCCGUUUGCUAUCAUUUGAAAACGUCUUAGGCAAAACAAAUUAAAAUCCGUAAGAUAACUUCUUUCCCCUUAACACCACGACUGUAUUAAACAUUCCAAACGACAAGACAGGAAAUACCUUAAAGAAUACGAAUACCUUGAAAUGUUAUUCGGGCGAUGAACCGGCGCGAGGGUUUUUAGGCGAUGAAUGCCAGUCAUACCGAACUGAUUAUAAUUAUAAACUGAAGCUAGUAUCAAACGACGAUUGGUUAAAAAGGUUUGAAUUUUUUUGGGCCUUAACGUAAGAAAAAACCUAGAUAAGACACGACUUACCUCCUCUUUUUUCUCGGAUCCUUUAUGGUUCGCCUCUCUUUGUUGAUGACCUUUUUUUAGUCUGUUUUCAGGAGCGUCUUUGUAGUUCCUUCUCGCGUUGCUCUUCGCUAGAUAUUCGCCUUUUUACUUCUGCCUUCUCUUGUUCUUUUUCGCGCUCCUCUCAUCGUAUUCUACCUAUUUUGGUGUCCUCUCUAACUUUCUUGUCCGUUUUCUCGACUCGCAAAUUUCAUAAAUUUCAAGCGAACUCGUCGAGCAUCGUGCUCAAAGUCCCGUUUGCGAAGUCAAAAUGAAGCAAUCAGGCCCUCUAUCGCAGAGGGAUUCCCAACUGCACGUUUAUGAGUCACAAUGCAUACCAUGAAAAAAUUGUCGCUGAGAUUUACACACUAAAAGGUGCGACAUAAACUUUCCUUCACUAGCUCGUCGAAGAUGCUGGGAGCCAAUCAGGUAGCAUUUUUCACCAGUUAGAAAAACGAUAGGUCCUAGCUGGAGCCAUGCGCUGUGUUUUUCCACGUUUGAACCAUAUCGAGGUGAUUCAUUCAAUCUUCACUAGCUGUCUUUGGCCUUUAGAGCCGCUCGGAAAAUUUUAAAAAUCCGCUUCCAAGGUUUUGUGGCAGAUCAUAUAGAAAGCAUGGAGAACAAAAAUACAGAGUACAAAACAAAGCGAGGUUCAAAACUGUUCAAAGACUUUUGAGAACGAAGAUAACGAGGAUAGCCAAACGAAUUAAUCAACAAAUACAGAGGCCUUGGCUGUGCUCUGUUCUCCUGUAAAGCAUGCUGAAAGCGGCUAUAGCACGAAAGAAGUUUAACUUUCCGAGUUACUUUUUGUCAAAGAUUAAAGUUCAUUAAAAGCUGUUUUUUAGGCCGCGUGUCCAUUUAAUGACACAUUUGCUACCACAAAUUAAUUUCGAAAACAAUUUUUUGCCUGCAACCAAAGGUGAUUUGAGAGAGACAAAAGAGAGGAUUAAUAAGUUAUUCAUCGGCUUGAUUUGCUUAACAAUACUUUGCUUGAAAAUAUUGCGCAGCCGGCAAAACAAAAUAUAUUUAUGAAAAACGGCCAAGAAGCUAGGAAUUUUCUCAGCGACUCACGAAAGCGUUACUGUGCCUUUGGACAGAGAUAGGAAAUCCGGACCGCACCAGGAACCCAUCAGAUUGCAGGAUACGUUACCGUGCCCUAAGAGAGAAAAUUCAAGGGUUUACAACACGGGGCGUAAUAUUUUUACCAAAAAGAAGGAGCCCCCCCCCCCCCCCCACGAUCCUCAUCCCCAAUUUUACUUUUUACUCCCAUAUUGUCCGUGUAUGGAAGGUUUGUAUAAAAUAUAAACUUUCAAAACUACAUUGUAAUUCCGUUCCUAAUAAAAAUUGUACUCUGUGACACGGUUCAUUAUAAGUAGUCAAUGUUUACAUUUUCAAUUUUCCUCCAUAAUUAGCAAUUGCCACUCUUGCACUUGUUUACGUCGUCCAAAUCACAGACACAACUCAAACGGCAGUGAGAAGAAGCUUGAAUGUUGAUAAUCUCAUGACGUCAGUGGAACGAGUUAUGAUGUACACUAAGCUUGACUCUGAGCCUGGAUACAAAGUAGAAAAACGUCCACCAGAACACUGGCCACGCGAAGGGAAAAUCACCUUUAAAGAUGUAUCACUGACAUAUUACCCGGGAGGACCUCAAGUACUAAAGAAAAUUAACCUUGAAAUCAAAGGCGGAACGAAGAUCGGUAUUGCAGGCCGUACAGGUGCAGGAAAGACUUCUGUUUUGGCAGCUCUACUGCGCAUGCCAGAUGCUGAUGGACAGAUAAUGGUUGACGAUAUUCCCAUAAUGGAGAUUAACAUUCAAGAAGCUCGACGAUGCAUAUCGGUUCUUGGACAAAGUCCAGUCCUAUUCAGUGGAACGCUGAGAAAAAAUCUCGAUCUUUUGGAGCAGUUUCAAGACAAGGAUUUAUGGCAAGCAUUGAGAGACACUCAACUGAAAGACGUAGUUGAGAGCCUGGAGGGACAGUUGGAUUACAAGCUUUCCGAACAUGGCGCAGAUAUCAGCGUAGGAGAAAGGCAGUUGAUUUGUUUGGCUCGUGUCUUGUUACACCGAAGCAAGAUCAUCAUCUUGGAUGAACCCACUGCACACGUAGAUCCAGAAACAGAGCACAAAAUGUGGAGGGUGGUACGCGAGAAACUGAAGGACUGUACCGUAAUUACCAUAGCUCACCGCCUGAGCUCAAUUAAAGAUUGUGAUAUGAUUUUGGUUUUAGAAAAUGGAGAAAUACGCGAAUUUGGCAAGUUUGAUUUAUUAGUGAGAAGAGAGGGAGGUAUAUUGAGUGAAAUGGCUCGUGUCUCAGGUAUCUAA